UACUGAUGACUUUCUGUUCAGAGUCCGUCAGGUUGGUAGGAGGAGACAGUCGCUGUGCAGGAACACUGGAGCUGAAACAUCAGGGAGACUGGAGACCAGUGGGUGACUAUUACUGUACCCUGAAGGCAGCAGCUGCUGCCUGCAGAGAGUUGGACUGUGGCUCUGCUGUUUCUGUAGAACAGAGAGAGGAGUCCUCAUCCAGAUCUGUGUGGGACAUCUGGUCUGACUGUGUUCAGUCUGGAUCUGUUCUGAGGGAGUGUGCAAAACCAGGUUCCUCUGACUACAUCCUGGAUCUCACCUGCUCAGACUCUGUCAGGCUGGUGAAUGGGACUAGUCUGUGCUCAGGCAGACUGGAGGUGAAGUCUCACCAUUCUAACCAGUCGUGGUCCUCAGUGUGUGAAGCUGACUUUGACCAGCAGGAUGCAGAGGUGGUCUGUAGGGAGCUCGGCUGUGGGGCCCUUUCAGUCCUCCAGGGGGCGCUCUAUGGAGAUGUGGAGGCUCCACUGUGGAACAAAGAGUUCCAGUGUGGAGGAACUGAGUCUUUUCUCCUGGACUGUGGUGAAGAUGUGCCGGGUGGAGGUGACUGGAGGAAGCAGAGUGUGUAUGAGAGCCACCACGGUGGUGCACCGGGUGGUGCACUGGAGACAGUCUGA